CAAAAGCAACGAAAAAGAAGAACCCCUAAAAAAUAUCUCAGAAUCAAGAAAUGGAUUCAUCAAACUCUGUUCUUCCUCUUGCUGUUUCUGUUCAUCUCCCAGUUAUCGAUUUCUCAGACAAAACCCUAAACCCAGGAAGCUCGAAGUGGGAUGAAGUGAAGAUUGAUGUCCGUAAAGCUCUAGAAGACUACGGUUGUUUCGAAGCUUCCUUUGACAAAGUGUCAGCGGAGCUUAAGAAGUCUGUUUUUGAAGCCGUGGAAGAGCUCUUCAAGUUGCCGAUUCAUACCAAACAGAGAAACGUGUCUACGAAACUUUUCCAUGGGUAUCUUUAUCACAAUCUUUACCAGAGUUUUGGGAUCGAGGACGCUAAUGUUUUGGACAGGGUCAACGACUUUACUCAGCAGUUAAGGCCUGAUCAUGGGAACAAGAAUAUUAGCGAGACGUUACACCAGUUCUCGGAGAAAUUAUCGAAAUUGGAUGUAAUGGUGAGAAGAAUAAUAAUGGAGAGUUUUGGGAUAGAGAAAUACAUUGAUGGACAUCUUAAUUCUACAUAUUAUCUGCUUCGAAUGAUGGAGUAUACAACACCUCCUCUUCUUGAUGCUGAUGACGAGGAGUCAAAGGUAGGUUUACUUGCUCAUACCGAUAAGAACACGAUCACGAUACUUCAUCAGCACCAAGUUGAUGGUCUCGAAGUGAAGACCAAAGACGAAAAAUGGAUCAAAGUGAAACCAUCUCAAGAUCAUUUCCUCGUUAUGGUUGGAGAUUCUCUAUGUGCACUUUUGAAUGGUCGAGUGUUUUCUCCAUAUCACCGAGUCAUGAUGAUGGGAAAGAAGACAAGAUAUUCGACUGGGCUGUUCUCAGUUCCAAAAUCAGAAAUCAUCAUAGAUUCACCAGAAGAGCUUGUCGACGAAGAACAUCCGCGUAUAUUCAAACCCUAUGAAUACUAACUCUACUAGGACUGUCCGUUCAUCUACGCAAAAAAAAGUGUAGAUUUUUCAAUCCAAACUACCAACUACGACUGAGUUGCUCAGUUCGUGACCGAAACAAAGACAUUAUGCUACACUUGAAUAUAAUAGUGUACAAGUGUAUUUCUGUUGAUGUUUUUGAGAAUUAGU